AGCCAGGAGGGCGUGGCCAGCGGCGGAGCGGGCGGAAGGGUGACCGCUGUACCAGGUGUAGUGGGCGGAGCAGUCGGGCGCUGUGGCGGGUGUAGUGGGCGUAGUUGCCAGGUCGGGGGCGGAGCAGUUGGGUAGGCUCUGUGCCCAGUGUUAUGGCAGCGGCUGCGGGCGCUGUGAAUGAAUUCUCCGGGCGGAAGAGGUAGCAAGAAGAGACCGGCGACCCCAGCAUCAGAGUCAGGUCCCGGGCCCCCGGCACUCUCACCCCGCUCGGAGUCCCCGGUGCUGCAGGGCCCCCCGCCCUCUCUCCAUAAGCGGAACCUAUACGUCUUCUCCUUCCCCCUGCUCGCCGUCUUCUCCCUCCUGCGCUUCCUGGCGCUGCAGCUCGGCCUGCUCUUUGCUUGGUGCUGCGAGCGGCUCUCCCGUAGGGUCAUGACGGACAAGAAGUGCCCAGAGGGCCGGACACUCGCUGAGCGCGGCGCACUGUCUCUCAGGACGGCUGAGGCUCAGGACAGGCCGCCGGAGCCGGAGGUGGUGCGGGCGUAUCACCAGCAGGCCUUCUACUACAUCUCCAUGGCCCUGCGUAUUGACGAGAAGGAGAAAGAUCACAAGGAUCAAGCUGUGGAAUGUUACAAGAAGGGUAUUCAGGAGUUGGAGAAAGGAAUUGCCGUGCCAGUGGUAGGACAAGGGGAGCAAUAUGACCGAGCACGGCGUCUACAAACAAAAAUGGCAACAAAUUUACUGAUGGCAAAGGAUCGAUUGCAGUUGCUAGCAAAGCUGCAAGCAGAUAUGCAAGGUCAGAACGCGCAAAUGGAGUUGUGUAGUGACAGUACUAACCUACCUUGCCGCAAUGGACAUCUGAAGCCAGAAAAAGGUGCGAUUCCAAAAAAGAAAGACCCAACCUCCAUUACCAGCAACUCCCUCCCUCGGGCAAAGGUUCUACAUAAAGCUGUGUCCUCAAAUCCACCUAGGAUACCAAACUGCACGCCUCCAUCCUCUUCUCAUCGGCAACCCAGUUCUCAGACAACGGCGAAUAGGGUAGCUGGAGGAAAAAAUACUAGACCAAAUAAUAAGCCAACAACACCAACUACAGGCCUAAGGAAAAAAGAUAUGAAGAAUUUAAGAAAUGUAGAUAGCAACCUUGCAAAUCUGAUUCUCAAUGAAAUUGUAGACAGUGGGCCAUCUGUCAAAUUUUCUGACAUCGCUGGCCAAGAUUUGGCUAAACAAGCCCUGCAGGAAAUUGUAAUACUACCCUCUAUUCGCCCUGAGCUAUUCACUGGACUGAGAGCUCCUGCACGAGGGUUAUUACUUUUUGGGCCGCCUGGAAAUGGAAAGACUAUGCUGGCAAAAGCUGUGGCAGCUGAAUCGAAUGCAACAUUUUUUAACAUAAGUGCAGCCAGCCUCACCUCUAAGUAUGUAGGCGAAGGGGAAAAAUUGGUGCGGGCGCUGUUUUCUGUGGCAAGAGAACUUCAACCAUCUAUUAUUUUUAUAGAUGAGGUGGAUAGUCUUUUAUGUGAAAGGAGAGAAGGAGAACAUGAUGCUAGCAGACGAUUAAAAACAGAAUUUUUAAUAGAGUUUGAUGGAGUACAGUCUGGAGGAGAUGACCGGGUUCUGGUCAUGGGAGCAACUAACAGACCUCAGGAGCUGGACGAUGCAGUUCUCAGGCGAUUCACUAAAAGGGUUUAUGUCUCCUUACCAAACGAAGAGACCAGGCUUCUGCUUCUACAAAAUCUACUAAGCAAGCAAGGGAGCCCACUGACACAAAAGGAACUGACACAAUUGGCUAGAAUGACUGAUGGUUACUCUGGCAGUGAUAUUACGGCACUGGCAAAAGAUGCUGCUCUUGGACCUAUAAGAGAACUGAAACCUGAGCAGGUGAAAAAUAUGUCUGCUAGUGAGAUGCGGAAUAUCAAAUAUUCUGACUUCCUAAAUUCUUUGAAGAAAAUAAAGUGCAGCGUGAGUUCCUCCACCCUUGAAUCUUACAUUCAAUGGAAUAAAGACUUUGGGGACACCACAGUGUGAAGUCACGACUGUUAAGCCAGACAAAGCGUCUUCAUGCCUGCUAGCUGAAAGGCAGGUUUGGUUCUGGAAGCACGUGGGAGAUGCUUACGCUUUCAAACAAAAAGUAUCAAACCUCCAAAUGUAUGCACUCAACCUAAUAGAUGAGCUGAAAACGAGAACUUGUACAAAUGGGAGUUUUACCGAGGCGUUUUUAUUGGACAAAGUGUUCUAAAGAAGUCUUCACUUAGCACUGACAUUAAAGGGUUAAAGGCAAAAAAAUGUUGUGCUGUGUCAUGAGCUCAUGUGCUCUAAUAAAAUGGAUGUGGGAAGACCCGUGCCUUGAGUUCAUAUUCCAGCAUCUAUUGUGUGCCUGCCCUUCUUUUUAAUAACUUAAUACCUUAUACUACUAACGGUGACUUUUUGUAAAUGUGUAGCUAUACCGGCUGGGAAAGAAAAGGCUAAUGGUAGAGAGAUGGUUUGCAAAAGUAACUGUAUUUUUCGUCGUGUGCCAAAGGAAAAUAUUUGGUGGCACAGAAGAUAAAAGGGGAUUUAAAAAGCACAUCAACAAAUUGUGAAGCAGCUGGUUUGCUGUGUGAAUGUCCUUCAACCGUGUAGUCCUCUUCGUCACGUGAAUAUUUGUAACUGGAAGCAAUUGGUGGAGUAUCUUAGAGUAAUACUAGCAUCUUUGAAACCUUGCAUGAGACAUUUGGUCAUAUUUUGUGGAUAAUGCUAGUCUAUUUGCUUCACAACUAAAUUGUAAACAUGUAAUUAAUGUUUUGUUUUAGUUUUAUAUUUAUUCACUUUUUCAUAAAACUUGUUUUGGUGAAUUAAUGCCUAACUUAUGCCCGGUGUCCAUGGAUGUCACAAAAUGAUUCUAGGUGGAAUGCACUUCUAUUAUUCAUCUAUUGGGUCUGUAAAGUUUUCAAGUAUUGGGAAGCCAAUACUUGCAUGUAUGUUACUGCUGUAUUAUUGAACGCUGCUGAUGUUUAUUGACUGAUUUAAUAUUUUCAGAGCUUUAUACUCUAACCUGAAGAAGCUGGCCAUACACUGUAUAUGUUUCCACACAAGCAAGCUAACUGCAUGGCAUCCUGGGCGAAUCAAGAGAUUGUGAAGUGACUCCAUUAACAUUAAAUGAUUUAUUGUCGCUCGGUAAAGCAGACUGAAUGAAUCCAGAAGACCAGUGGCGUGAUGGAUCUCAAAACCAUUGCUCAUGAUUGAUAUUUUAUUUUUUUGCAGUUUUUCCAUUUUUGGAUAAUUAAAACUCAUGUAUGUACAUUGAAUGAAUCUGGAAGAAUCAGUGUAUGGCCAGCUUUAAAAUUAUUUUACACUGAACAAAUCACUUGAUAGCCAUAGCAAGCUUCAUAGUUAAAUUCCACUAGGAUGCUUAAACCUGUCUUUUGUCCUCCCAAUAUUUGUCGAGGCCAUAUUACUGAUAUUUGUUUUCAUCUGCAAAUUAUAGGAUCAAGUUGUCUUUCUUAAUUUAUAUAUGCAAAAUAUGCUCAUGUAGCACCUCCCCCUUUUUGAUCAGUCACUGCCACAGGAGGGGGAGAGGAGGCUCUAAGCUGCCGACGCCGCUGCUUGUCAUACAGUGACCGGCACAGCAGCAGGUAGCAUUAGGGAGGCCAGGCGCAGCAGUGGGGAUGCAGAGCUGGGAGAGCGCCUCUCCAGCCUUGCGCCUACCUGCUCUGCAUCCCUUUGCUGAGCGGGUAGCGCCUGGCCUGGCUGGAACCAACCCAUACAAAGCUAUUCGAACAGCCCUGACUUGAAAAAUAUGUGUAGCUACUUAUUCAGUGGUUUUCUGUUGAGAUUAGUCUUCUGGGGAAAAAUAGAGGUAUGGUAAUCCAACCACCAAAUUAGAAAGUGAAUAGGCAUGUAGUACUCUUGCCUUAAGAAAAUGAUAAUAGUAGUUGCUUAUGUGUUUCUUAAUGUUGGACUAAAAAUCACCUUGCCUCAUUGGUUAUGAGAAAGUUAGUGUUUAUGUUUAGGUCUCAUCAAAUCCUGUAGGCAUAUGAUGUUUUUGUGGGGGGGGGGGGGUUUGUGUUUUUUUUUUUUCUUCUUUGUGACUAGUCACUCCUCAUUAGUAAUUAUUCUAAACAACAUUAUUGAAAUCUAAGUUCCUGGAUUAAGAAGUCACUAUUUUUGCUGGUAAUACCUAUUAAAAUUUUAAAUGACCUGAGAAAUAAAAACCUAAAUAAAACCAAUUAUGUUUGUAACCGUU